AUGAGCUCGGUCGAGAGAACUUUCGGAAGUGAGAUUGGAAAUACUAUGACCGCUUCCCAAACAACUGAACAAUCAUCAGAGUAAGUUUUACACGUCAAAUCUACGAUUUUUUAGCGCAUAAACAUUCCCUCUGCAAAAAUAACCUCUCAAACACGCAAAUGCGCUCCACCGAACACCGCCGCUUUUCAAAAUCCAAAGAUGUUUAUUUAACGCCGUGUGUUCGUUUCUUACCUCAACUAAUUAAUUUUCAGAGUUUCAUUGGUCAAAAAAUUGGAAAACAACACUGAAACAGAAAUUCAAGCUGAUACUUCGAUGGAGAAACCGGCUGAGAAUGGUUUGUUUAUAUAAUUUAUUUCAAUUUUUCUGAAAAUUUUUGUUAAAAAUUGUUUUUUUUCAGGAUCUUCGAAGCCGGGUUCAUUAAUGGGCAAAGUUUUGGCUGUUGAAGUUUACAGUUUGAUUCAACAAAGUUAGUUUUUAUUUGCAUUCAUUUCCAAUUUUUUUUUAAAUGUUCUCAAAAGUUUUUUUUUUUAAAAGACGAAAAAAUUUUUAGUGGGGUGAGAAAAAAAAUCGAUUUUCAUGGUAGAAUGAGUUUAUUUAGUGUGUUUGGAAGGAAAAAUAAUAUUUCAGUUCAUAAAAUUGAAUAUUUUCAGAUCACUCCAGCGAAGAAGAUCUACUCGACGAUCUCGAAGAUUUACUAGAUGAUGGUUUUUUUAUCGGUGAAUUUGUGCUAAAUUCUGGAAAAGAAUAUGAGGUGAAAAGUAAAGAAAAACGUGGUGGAAUGACACUUUAUACAAUGACGGAUGGAUCGAAAAUUGGAAAUCGAGAUUUGAAAAGAAGGAAAGGAAUAAAUAAGGAUUAUUUGAAAGGAAUUUUGGAAAAAGAUGCGAAAUUUGAUGGAAAAACAUGGAAAGUUUCGGAUGAAGUUACUCAAAAUUAUCAAUUGAAACAAAAAUUGGCACCAAUUUUCACAACAAACACUCCAAAAUCAGCGAAAAAAGAAGAAAAAGAGGAAAGUUCGGAUGAAGAAGAGGAAGAUGAAAGACCUAAAAUUGUGUUCCAAGGGAGAGUUUCUGUUGGAGCACAACCUUCGAAAAAAGCAUUGUUGAAUCAACAGAAAAAAUUAGAGAAGGAAAAGGAAAAAGCGGAGAAAAAGAAGAUUGCUGAAGAAGAAAAGAAAAAGAAAAUAGAAGAAAAAAAGAAGGAAAUGGAAGAAAAGAAGAAGGAAAAAGAAGCUAAAAAUGCUGAAACCAAAAAGGAUAAAAAGACGAAAAAUGGGGUAUGUUAUAUUUUCGGACUGUUUUUGGACAAAAAAAAUAAUAUGAACCAGAAGGUCUCCGCCGGCUAUCGCCGGCUCCUCCUUCUGGGUUGUCGCGGCUUCGCGCUCAGUAUUCUUUUUAUAAACAGUUAGUUACUCUGAAGUCCUGUUAAGAAUGGAAAACUAAAAGUGUUUCAUUUAGAUUUUGAACAGAUGGUUGAGAAACCGAAAACAUGUAUCAACAAUAUGCAACAUGAUCACUUAUCUGUUUUUUCCUAUAUAAUUAAGCUUUUAAUGAAAUCACGAACAGUGGUUGAUACUUUUUCUGAUCACACAAACGUCGCCCUCACCUUUUUUCAAAAAGAGGCAAAAAAUCACUUAGAGAGUGCCAAACGAUCACAAUCCCUCUCUCAACUCUUUUGAGAACAUUUGAAAAUUGAAUUUCAGCAAUAGCCGCUGAAACUUUCACACACACCUAGCGAGAGAGUGUCCUAAAAUUUCUGUGCAGCGUGGAAACUUUUCCAAAAAAUUGUGCAGCGUGAAAUUUUGAAUUUUUGAAAAUUGUCAUCAAAAUUCGCUGAGAAUCAAGAAAAACUAAACUUUUUCGUGAAAAAAUGUACAGUGUGGCUUUUGAAAAUUUUUGUACAGUGACUUUUUUUUUCUGAAAGCACACCUGAUCUGGACAUUUAAGCCAUUUUAUUUUACACGGUAUUUCACUGUUUUUUCGAAAAAUGAAAUUUUUUAACCAAUGUAAUAAUCAGAACACACUCUUUCAAAAUUCGUAUUUUUUGCUCAGACUCCACUUUCAAAUGAAAGAGGAUUUGUUUCAUCCCUUCUUUUCCUUUUACAUCAUAUCUCUAUCUUGAAAUCCGUUCAAUAAAAAUUGGAAGAAAGUUGAGUAGUUCGAUUUCAAGAUAGAGAUUUGAUGUAAAAGGAAAAAUUGAUAAAAAGACAUCUUCUUUCAUUUAAAAGCAACUUCAUAUUUUCCCCUAUUUCUCCUUCAAGAAAGAGUUCUCUCAGAAAAAUCUUUCAUCCGCUAUUUCACCUCUUUCAAAUCACCCACUUGACCGCCUUUGAAUGUUUACUUUUUUGUUUGGUUCCAAAGCGGCCCAGGAUCAGCUUAACCUUGCCAAAAAACCUAGUAAACCGAAUAUUUGAAGGAAGCAUGAAGCAUGUUCUUUGCCUUCUAUUUUCUAUCAUCAUGCCCAGCCUAUUCCAUUACUGUACAUCGCUGGGGGUAUAAUUGUUUCUCUUCUUUCUUCUCUUUUAUUCCGAAGAAGACACUUAUUUACUUCCCAGCUUUCUGGACUAAAUCUGAACCGAAACUCACGAUAAAAUACGAUACAGUUCAUCUUCUUCCAUUCAUUGGAAACCAUUUUCAUCUGAAGUUUCAAAUAACUAAUGAAAAUCUACAGUAGUUCAACUUACUUUGUUUUCUAUUAAUUUACCCAACCUAUUAGGAAGAAGCUAUCAUCGAGAAAUGACUCAAAAUGUUUAGCUUCUUCAGAAAAUAGAAAACGAUCAGAUAAGAAACGUGUCCUUUAAUUUUUUUUUUGAAUAAAAACGUGAUCAUUCUUUUUUACAUGAAAAAAGUUUUGAUUUUUCACGUGAAAACUCGCGCACUUUUCGAAAAAUCGAAUAUUAGCGCAUCGAUGGGAAAGAAUUUGGGAUCGAAUGGUGAAGGUCUCAUGAAAAACGGACUUCUGGGGACAGAGCAAUCUCGAGUGGAACAUUUUGAAAUCAAAAAAUACAUUGAUUUUUCUGACUCUCUUGAAACUUUCAACUCUCCGCGCACUCACAGAACCUCAAUCAAAAAUCCAAGAAAAAUACCUCGAGGUGCCAUGCAAAGCUAUCUUUUCUUUUUUCGAUCAUCAAUUUUUAUGAAGUGGAAGCUGAGAACGGGCCCCGGACAAACUAUUUUCCGAAAAGCAUGUUUCCAAUUAGUAUAUAGUAGAUUUUUGCAGAACUUGGAUGCAUUCUUGAAAAAAUCCGAAGAUUCCUCCACAUCUCCUGGAAAAUCUGCACCAAUUUUCAGUCAACAAAAAGCUGCUCAAAGACUUGCUAAUGGUAUCAAAAAGUUGGAAGAAGCUUGGAAUAAACGAGAUCAAGAGGCAUUCACCGAAGCUUGUCAAUGGUGUGAAAAACAGUUGUCUGGUAUUCAAGUCACCAAAAUUGAAAAUGAAUUAUGGAGAUAUAGUGUGCAGAAAAUGGUUGAUAAAACAAAAGAUCAAAAUGGAAUCAAAAGUUUGAAAGGAGAAAAAAGACAAGAGUUUCGAACAAAUGUAAUUGAUAAGAGAAAAGAGUUGUAUAAAGUAAUGGAUCCAAAAAUAAGAGCACAUUUUUCGGAAGAUUGGUCACAAGAUGAUUUGAUUAUUGCAGCUGGACCUGCUGGAAAAAUUGCGAAGUUAGAUAUUCCAAAAUCAAGUGUACCUUUAGAAACCACAGAAUUCACAAUUGAUGCAAUGGAAAUCACACAAUUCUUUGUUGCAAUGUCAAAUCUAAUUGGAUUUACUCACGAUGUUUCUAUCGCACGAUUCGAACAAGCUAUUCAAUCUGGAUCUGAAGGAUUCAAAGAUUGUUUAUAUCAUAUGUAUGAAUCACUUAUUCUUGGAUUUUUAAUGGAUUCGGAUUAUCGAAAAUUGGCUCAUGCUAAUAUUCGACUCGCCGAAUUUAAAUGUAAUGAGAAUACGAUUUCCGAGAUGUUUAGAGCAUUUUUCAUUGGAGAAUUUGAAUUGUAAGUUUUUGUUUUUUACGGGACAAUGUUAGUCGAAGAAUAUCAAUAGAAUACGUUUUUUAGAGUUCCAAAGAAAGCGAAAUCUGGAAAUGCGGAAACAAACGAAGAAGAAAAUCAGGAACCAGUUGAAAAAGAAGAAAGAAUGGAAAUUGAUAUGGAACAAAAUACUCAACAAGAAAUAGUAACUGGACAUUUUUCUGAAGAAGAAAGACAAAAAGUAUUAUCUUGGUUGAAUACAGGAAUGCAUUUACAAAAUCUCACAGCACCCCAACAUAUAGAACUAUUGCAAUUAUGUAUUCGAAUUAUGCUUCAAAGUGAUGUUAUUCGAGAAUAUCAUCAACGUGAUGUUGUCACUGAAGAAUUAACAGAAUGCAAAGAUAAAAUCAAAAAACUAUCAGAAGAAUUAGAAGAGAAGAGUAAAGAAUUAGCUGAACUUCCACCGGCUCCUGAAAAUAUGGAAGAAUUAUCGAGAACCGCAUCGAGAGAUGCGGCUGUUGUUGAAAAGAAAAGAGAGAGACUGGAAAGAAAUAUUGAAGAACUUCGUGAUUCGAUUGAACAAUGGCAAAAUAAACUGACAAAUGAGAGAUUGAAUAUACAAAGAUGUUUGAGAACAUUCUUUAUUGGAGAAGAUCGACAUUUCCGAAGAUAUUAUCGGCUAAAUUUCAAUUCUGAUUCAGGACUUUGGAUUCAAGAUGUAAGUUUUUAAAACGAAAUUUGGAAUUUUUCGGUUAUUUCUCUUAUGGCUGAUUCUGAGAAAAUAAUAGAGAACUUUAUUUUAAACAAAAAUUUCAAACUGAAAUAAACAUUAAGAUGUUUCAGUUUGGCACAACAUCCUAUGAAAAAUGGGCGAUGCAAUGCACAACUCUUGGAAUGACAAAUUUCGAAAAUCAAUCACCCGAAAAAUUGCCUGAACAUAUUCAAGAAAAUCCAACACAAGAAAAAUGGUUCAAAAUAAUCGAUGAAGAAAGUUUGAAACAACUUGAAACAUCGCUUUUCGAAAAAGGAGUCAGAGAACGAAAUGUGAAGAAAUAUUUGCAAAAAAAUAUUGAUUCAAUUAAUAUGAGUGUGCGGAAAUAUGCGGAUAAACAAAGAUCGGCGAGUAGAAGCAAUAGGUAAGAAUAAUAUAAACUAAUUCCUGAAAUCUUGAAAAAAUUAUAAUAUUUUUUAGCCCUGAAAUAACUCAAAAUGGAGAAGAGGAAGAAGAUGAAGAUGAGGAGGAAGAAACUGAAGAACCGGUACAAACUGUGGAGAAAAUUGAAUUUUCAAAUGGCGAAUUUUUCACAAUCAAAACUUCGAUUCAAAGUUUGUGUCAGGAUUUGGAAGAAUCUGAAAUUUUCAUGGCUGGAAAAACUGAAGAAUUUGACAAGAAAUUGGAGAAUGCAAACAGUUUGAAAGAUAUCAAGGAAGUUUUGGUGGAUUUUGUGCAAAGUGUGAAUUCGAGAUAUAUUUUGGAGAGAAUUCCAAUGAAAGAAGCUUUGCAGACAAGUAAGAAUUAUUAAAAUUCAUUACAGAAGCGCCUUGAAAGAUUCUAUACAAAAGAGCAGCGCCUGAAAAUCCUAGCCUUCCCAAAAUUAAUACAAUUUUUGCAGAACAAUUCUCAUGCCUUUUCAUUCCACGAUUUACUGAUCGAAUUCGAGAAUCAAUUUCAACUUCAGCAUUGCAUCUUCUACUUGAUUUCUUUGAUUCGAGAAUUGAUAGAAAACGAACUAUCAAAAAUCAACCAUGCAAAUAUUGCAAGCGAAAAACUGGAAAUGCAAUCAAAUUGAUGUGUCAAGGAUGUUCAAUGGUUAUACAUUCGAGAUGUGUUCGACCGAAAAUUGCAAAUUAUUUGUUAGAUAACACGGAAUAUCGAUCAAAUUGGAUGUGUAAUCCAUGUAAUCGAGAAAAAGCGGCGAGAUUGAAGAGAGAAGCUGAAAAGGCUGAAAAAGAAGAGAAUGCGGAAUCAGAUGAGGAUGAAGAUGAAGAAGAAGUUGAAGAAGAAGAGGAGGAAGAAGAAGAGGAAAAUGGAAGAAAAAAGAGAAAAGCAAAAAGAAAGGCAAAUGAAGCAAUUCAUGAGGCAAUGACUGAAACAUGGAAAGCUUUUGAAGCAAAAUCAAGAAAUCCACAACAACAACAACAACCACCAACUAAAAAGAAACCAAUUGAACCCGAAAUUCGUGAAUUAUUUGAAUCUAUUGAAAUGUCGAAUCCAAGAUUAUAUAAAACAUUGCAAAAAGUAAAUGUUCAUAAUGGAUAUGGCGGAAAAAAUGUGAUGAGUUUAUCCGAAAUUGAAGAAAAAUUAUCGACAUAUUCGACGAAAACAAUCAAAAAAUUGCGAACCGAUAUUAUUGCAUUUUUGAAUGUGGCACGCGAUGAAAUGGAAGAUUCGGGAAGUCGGAAAUUGGAUGAUGUUGAUGAAUUGAUCUCGAAAUUUGAUGUUUAA